AUGCCUCGCGCAAAAAGACCACUCUCCGAGCUCGACCCAAACGCGUCAAAAUCUACUGCCCGCCCGGCGAAACAUGCAAAGAUUACAGACGAGAGAGAAGACUACUCGAAGUUGAAAAAGGCGGAACUGGUCCAAUUGGCUCGAGAUAGGAAUCUGCCAUGUGGUGGUAACAAGGAUGACCUCAAACAGCGACUACAAGAUUGUGAUGAUAAGGAGAACGAUGAAGAGGAUGAUGAGGAAGAAGACGAAGAGGAUGAAGUGAACGAAGAGGAAGAGCAACAAGAGUUGGCAAAAACAGGGGAUUUUUUCAACCAACCGAUCGAUUACACCACGAAAGACAAUAGCAAACUACGCUUCCUCCUCUCUGAUCGCGAAUAUUUUCCUGGCGCAUUACUGAGAGACGGUAUGACCUGCGAAGAAAUGAUCGCUCUCCUUCAACGCACACCCGCGAACUACGAAUCCUUCACCAUAGAAGAAAUUUCUGAGAAGCUGAAAGCUCGGGGCCUAAGACAUGCUAGCGAUUGCGCGAAACAAGUCAAGAUUGACAGAUUGAAACUCAACGAUUUGGUAGAUCGCAAUACAGCAGAUUACAAAGACACGCAACUCUAUGUGAGCCUCGAUGUUUUCAAUAUGAUGAUAGCAAGCGACAUAAAGAAACAAGAAGAAGCGAAAAACACCAAUCCGUUUUCUUCUUGGAGUAUAAAACGGUUACAGAAAUAUCUUACCACCAAUAAACUGUCUCCAAAUGGGAGCAAGGAGGUACUCACAAAACGGGCAGCGAAACACGAUGAGAAAGAAAUGAGCAAAAAAAUAAAAGGACUCCAAGUAAAACGAGACUCAGCCAUAAUCAAACUCGAAGCCAGUAUCGGCCACCCACUAGAGUCUUUUACCAUCUUCAAUGGAAGGGAAAGUCAGUACGAAGGUCUAGACCACCAAAUAUUAUCAAAGGGUAAAAAGCCAGCACAGUCCAAGAAACCCGUCUGCAAUUAUGACUGGAGCGGUUCUCACUGGGCCUCGAGAACAGAGCGAGAGAUCCAAAAGAUAUGCGAGAGGAGGGGUAUGCCAGGGAGGGGUGCGGCCCCGAAAGCUGCGCAGUUGAAGUGGCUUGAUACUGGGGUUGUUGAGUAUGCUGAUUUUUAUGUCGCGGGCUUGACGAUCAUGUGUGAGGAGAGGGGGAUUAAACAUAAGUAUGAGCCGAAGAAAGUGGAUCUUAUUGCGUUACUGGAGGAAGACGAUGAGCGGGAGUGA